UGGUACCUUAGGAUGUAGCUACCUACAUAUAGGCAUCAAUUAUUUUAUUCGAAGUUAUUUUCCUAUCUCUUUCCAAUAUCAACCACACAACCUCUCACUCAUCACCAGAUAGUGUCACGCGGAUCAACUCCUCUAGGUCAACCUUCCCGAUAUUUUUGAACUUGAUUCCAAGAUUACAUUAAUAUAUCUUACCUGUAAGCUAGGUAGGCUUCGUUUCUGCCUCAACUAUCAUCCAAGCUGCAAAUAACUCUCCUACGCGUCCACCAUCAUGGCCAUCCUUGAAGCCGUUCCUAGUAUAAAGGUUACCGUGCGCAUUAACGGUGUAGACUGUCCGGAAUACGAUGACCCUAAUGCUCCCGAGCAGCAGCCCAGUCGUCCAACAUCGUCGAAAUACAUUGAGUCACCCGAUAACACCGAGUUUACUCUUUGCGUAAGCAUAGAUAAGGGUUAUGACUGGGGUGACAAGAGCGACUGUCUUUAUUUCACCAUGCGGGUCGAUUCUACUUGGAUUCAGAGUCCUAUCAUCCAUAAAAGUGAAAUCACGAAUGGCCAUUCUGAGGUGGUGAUCAAAUACAAAAGCACGUUCUGCGAGAAGACUAAAUCCUGGUUCAAACAUGCACUUAAAUUUUCUACGGUAAAAAUCGUCGAGGGCGUGACGAAAGAACGCAUGGAGAAAGAUCAACAGGUAGCCAACAACCUCGGACUAAUCGAGGUUGAAGUAGAACGCCGAAUCUAUCUUGGGAAGGAUCCCAACCACCAUGAGAACAUUGAUCGAGAGGUUUCUUCUUUCGAGUUUGCCGAGAAGUCCCUAAAAGGCAAAUCGAUUUCCCAUGGAACCAUUUUAUCCACUGGUAUAAAGGCUCCACGCCCUAAUUUUGUGCAAACCAGCCUCCUCCCGGGUGAUGAUGGGCCUAUUGCCAGCUUCCAAUUUCGAUACAGAUCAAAAAGGGCUCUCCAGCAAGAGUUGAUAAUCCCACGGACUCCACCCAGAUCACCAAGUCUAGACGGGCUUUCUACAGCUGAAAUAAACCGACUAGCAAAGGAGAGGCUUAAUGAUAUAAAUGCAAAAAAGCAGCUCGCCAAAGAAGAACCGAAAUCUAUCAAACGUGAGAUUGAUGAGGUUUAUGAUCUAACUGAAGAUGAUACAUCAGUUCGCCCUACGAAAACUCGACGUCUUACAUCUGAAUUUAUAGACCUUACUGAUGACUAAGUUCAAGUCAUGAGGUAUCAUUAGGCACUUUACGGUCCAUUCAAGUUAGCUAGUAGUGCUACGUCGAUUUAUAGGGUGGUCUUUUACCUAUUAUGUCAAAAGCUAGGUAAACACCUUGAGUGAAGCUCGGCUUGCUUGCUGGGCUACUAUAAUACUCAAGAGAAAGAAGUUCGCGUACAGAUAGGUCUACUGCUAUUGCAACUUGCAAGGCCUUAUACUAUUUCCAAUCCAAGAUUUUGAUAACGAGCCCAUAGAACAUCUUAGUUUUAGCGAAUAACAAUUCGCUGAGAUAGAAAUGACUACACAUUAUCCCCUAGAUAGAAAUCUAAGAGUGAAGAUUGUCUGAUAGGGGGAAAAGAAACGCGUUGAACUUGCGCGAGUGGCGGGAAAUUUAACGGCGAGCCCGUAAAUAUUAUACCGAGUUCAUAUCGAAAGGCCGGGCGGGAUGUAAACAUCGUAGGUCAUAGUACACUGGCU